GCCUCAGUUAUUGUAAGGCCAGGUCAGGUCAGGUACUUCUCUGGGGCAACGGCCUACUUACCUCUCAUAGCAGCCAGUCGCGGGUUACAGGGCCUACGCGCUGCUGAAUUGCGAUUCUUUUUAGUACCCUGUUCCUGAAACUUGAAACUGCCAGUCGUCGGCCAUAACGUUUUUGCGCUAGCGUCACUUGCGACCCAAAAGUCGGACACCGAUGGCAGCACUAAGAGUUUCUGGGCUCCUCGCGGCUCCAAGUUCAUUAGCAUCUUGCAUCGUCGCAGACCACUGCACGAUUAGAGAGCGAAAUUCUCGCACGAUCUCCCUGGCUUCUCGAGAAGCUUCCCAUAUGCGUUCGAUACCUCUGCAACUGCAGCGUACCCCUCACCGUGGGGAGAGGCAAGAGUGCCGCUCUGCCCGGCCAGGAGCACAGGCGCUGCUGGACCCCAAGAGCGACGAGAUUCUCGCAAACGCAAUCAAGGAGCCGGUUGCUUUUUUUGGAGGUGUGGUGGCUGGCAUUCUGCGGCUGGACUUGAACGAGGAGCCGCUGCGGGACUGGGUGAAGCGCACAGCAGAUGCUGCUGGUGUGGCCCCUCCCACCUCCAAGGAAUUGGUGGAUGAGGAUGGUGAUGGCGAGAUAGUGAUUGAAGAUGACGACGACGAUAGCCAACCAGUGGAUAUUGCGAUUGAAUAGUGGCUUGCGCCUAUAGGUUGUGGAGGGAGGCUUUGAAUGCAUGGAGUAAUGAAUCUGCUGAUUGACGCUUGCAAGCUUCCUGUUUCGCUGCCGAAACGCAUGUAGGUUUCAAGCUUCAAGCCUAUUUCAACAGUUCAGCUUUAAAGGAUGUGUCAUACUUACAGUAUG